AAUUUACAAAGCUUUCAAAGAGCACUUGAAAGCAACGUGUGACGCCACUGCAACAUCCGGGACAUUCAGCUGUUUCACAUGCCUGUGAGGACUUUCCUGCAUGUGAAGUAGUUUUGGCAGCUCCAAAGCUUCAAACUACACAUUUCAGGAGAAGAUAUGGCGCUGAUGGGCGUUCAGCUGGUGGUCAGCUUGCUGGCCGCCAGCGUUAUGCAGAGGAUGGCUCCCCAUUGCUCGUUUGCCCGCUGGCUCCUCUGCAAUGGCAGUUUGUUCCGAUUCAAACACCCAUCAGAAGGAGAGCUGUGCGCCCUGGCCGGAAAGCAAGUGCCCAAACAAAACCGGAGGGACAGGAGACAGAAUGGGGAGAACAAGCCUCUCACAGUGCCCAAAGACAUCGACCUUCACCUUGAAAAAGCUCCAGUCAGCGUCAUUGACGCUCUUGUUCUACGUUUCUUCCUGGAGUACCAGUGGCUGGUAGAUUUUGCAGUAUAUGCAACUGGUGUCUUCUUGUUCACUGAGUGUUACUACAGUGUGGUGGAUGCCAGCAAAGAGGUCAACAUUGGAGCAAUCUGGUGUGUUCUGACUGUUCUCUUCAGUCUAAAGACCCUUCACACUCUGAUGAGCCACUACUUCCGCUCUGAAGAGGGAGGUGAGCGCUCCGUGUGCCUCGCCUUUGGCUUUCUGUCUUUGCUCAUAGCCAUGCUCGUGCUGGUGGUCAGGGAGGACUACCUGGAGUUCGGCCUGGAGUCUGGCUUUGCCAGUCUUUUUGAUAAUUUGGAAGUUUUUGCCAGACAGCAGGGCUACGCUGACUGGUCAAUCCCGGUGACUAAGCUGACGGUGAAGCUUGGUCUGGCAGCCGUCUGUGCAUACAUUGGGGCCCUGUUGGCCUUCCCUGGGUUGCGACUGGCUCAGACUCAUCUUGAUGCUGUUCAGAUGAAUUCUGGCCGCCCACACAUCCAGAUUCUGCUACACAUGAGUUUUUUGUCUCCAGUUAUUGUGUUGGUUCUUUGGGUGAAACCGAUUGCACGAGACUUUCUGGCCAAUGCUCCCAUGGGAAAGACAUCUGUCACAAUAGUCCCCAGUGCAGCAUUUGACAGCAUGCGUCUAUGGAUUAUAGUGGUGCUGAGUGUGCUGCGUCUGGCGCUGACUCGCUACCACCUGCAGGCCUACCUCAACCUGGCUCAGAAGUGGGUGGAGCAGAUGAAGAAGGAAGCAGGACGAAUCGCUGCCAUUGACAUUCAGAGGAAGGUAACACGUGUGUUCUGCUACCUGACCGUCGUCACACUCCAGUAUCUUGUUCCUAUUUUGCUCAUCCUCUUCUCUACGCUGGCGCUCAAGGCACUAGGGGACUUUACGUGGGGCACAGGUGCGGAGGAUACACCUGGGGUGACGCCAGCGUUGGUGAUGCCCACAGCAGCACCUGUGUCACCCAGCAGUGUUGAUGAUGAUGAAGAGGGAGUGGAGGACAUGGAGGAAAACAUUCAAGCUACAGUAGCUCACCUGACGGCGACCUUCACAGCGCUGAGGUCCGUCCUCACUCCACUUUUCUUCCGAGGCUUCUUCGCCUUCCUCACCUGGUGGGUGGCUGCCUGCCAGGUCAUCAGCUCCCUGUUCGGCAUCUACUUCCAUCAGUACCUUAUGCAAAACUGAGGAACCGAAAAAUCGUGAAACAUCUUCAGCCAUUGUUUUGCUGUGAUUCCUGCAAAGGGGACAUUUCACAGAUAACAGAAAUGCUGACAGAAUCAACUUGCAGAAUUGAAACUUGAUGGGAACAGUAUGUCUGAGAAAGCAACUGUGUCACCCUGAAAACAGGCAGGCUGUCAAUAGAAAAUGCAGAGGGAGAACUGGGACCUGUAUCACAGAGCAAGUUCAGAUUAGUCUGCCUUGCUUUGGUUUACCUGGACAGUGAGACAAGUAUCAGUGUUUAAUCAGAUACGAACUGAUGCAACUUGUACACAACACUAAAAGAACCAGAACUCCCAAUACGACCCACACGAAAUGGACUGUAGGUCCACAGUCCAUUAGGUCCUCAUUGAGGUGUAACAUAAUAUCUGUUAUUACAAGUAGAAAAGUGAGAACCUACAGAAAUUAGAAUUUCCAUAUUUUCAAAGUGAAACAAAAAAAAAAUACCUCAGACUUUUAAAAUGUUCUUUUUAAUAAUGUUCAGUAGUUUUUUCCUCUUACUGCAGGGAAAUCAUUAUUAAACUAUCACACACUAUUAAAGCAGGUACACAAAGGUAAAUAAAUGUAAGCAUUUAUUUUAUUUAUUUAUAGCUUACAGAUGCAAUCAAGAAGUGUGACACUGUGCAUUUACCAAGGAGCUAUAUCAGACUUUCAUUAUAUGAUAGCGACAGACCGUCGCAGACGCAUUUCUUUCCUUUCUCUCGUUGUCAACAAAGUGAUUCUGCUUCGCUAUGAAGUUGUUUUGUUUGUUUUGCGCUUUGAUUUGCCAUUGUGUUGUGUAGACAUAUUACAUUUUGUUACCAUGGUGAUCCACCCCAGUUGAUGGUGAGCCAGAGCUCUGAGAAACUUCGAGUUAACGCUGGGAGUGUCCACCUACUGUAAUCCACUCAUCCGGCUUUGUGAUCUGCUUCUAUGACUAAUGUUCUAUGCCAGUGUUAACCAAAAGUUUCUUAAUGAAACAUUAAAAUGCUGCAUUUCACAUAUUUUGUACAAGGGAGCGUAUUAGUGCUUAACCCUGUGUAGAUCAGCCUUUUUAUUUUUGUGGGGGAUUAAGUUAAUUCAGACCCAGCCUGAGUUUUACUGCAGUUCGAGGCUGAUGCUUUAUCUAGAGUCUCUUCCCUAUUUCACCAGGUGCCUGGGAGCUCAGGAGUUUUGAAAAUCUCCCUCUUUUCCAAGCGUUAUAAAAUGAGCUAAAAUUAAUUCAAAACUCUUAUGAGUUAUAAUCACUGUUCAGUAAUGUAUGUGAGACAACGCCCUGGGUUAAUUCAUUGAUUUAUUUAUGAUAAGCAUUUGUUAAUUAGAAGUGUUUCUGUUCUGUUUGCUUUUAAGUGUGUGUGUGUGUGUGUGCGUGCGUGUGCGUGUUUGUGUAUGAAUUCUGAACGGAUUAUACUGUGAAGUUUAUGAGAUUCGAAUGCAUGUUGUGCAAACUUCUGGCUGUAGCUGGAAUGUUGUGUGUGGCUUAAUAAAAGCAUCAUCUUGGCA